GAAUUGAAAAUUUGAAUUUCGCAACUUCAGAAAAGGAUGCCAACUGGAGCAAACAAGGUUCGAGUGAAGGAAGUGAUCAAAAUCGAUAAGGAUGGGUUUCAGAAGGUUCUCAAAAAGCAUGCAGCCAAGAACCCUGCUCCCAAGGUUGAGAAGGUCCAAGCCAAAAGAGCUAAUAAUAACAGAAAAAAACGAGAUAGCCAGCGCACAGUAGAAAAGGAACAUAUAAGCCACGGAAUUGUGAGCACCGAGAUUCCAGCAGCGGAUCCGAAAGCCCACGAUGAAUCGCCUAAACAGAUGCCUCUAGUAAAGAAAUCGAAGAAGAGCCAGAAAAAGACCAACAAGGAAAUUGUGGAAGUAGCUCCGGAGGUAAGAGAUGAGGCACCACAGCUGGAAUCCCAAGUAAAGAAACCUAAGAAGACCCAGAAAAAGCUCAAAAAGCCGAGCUACCGAGAAGUUGUGGAAGUGAGCACCGAACCUCAAACAAUUGAGGAAAAGGGUUUUCCUCGUAUCAUCUGGAUUGCCAGCGUCAUUUGGAUCCUUGGAGUUUUUAUGGUUUUGGUUAAUGGUCUCCUUAUCAAAUGAGUCAAGGGUGUGAUUAUUACCUUGAGCAAAUAAAUUAUGAAAUCUAUCAGUUUACUCACAUCACUUCCCCAGCAAACCCUGAAAUAAAGUAAUAACUCUU